ACCAUGGGGAACUUGAUCAGGGUUCUGAGCAGAGACAUCGACAACAACGCGGGAAACUUCUUCUUGGACUUUGAGAGCGCUGAGGCGUCGCAGUCGGAGAAGGAACUCUGGGAGAAGGUGGACGAGGUGCUUACGGAGGCUCAGGUCAUUCUGGAGCAGCUACAGGCCUACACAGGCGCCGGAGAGGAGAUCCGACUGGCCAUCCAGAGUCCCGGCGCCGAAGGCGUUCAAGAGAGGGCGUGGGCUGCCGUUCUUCCGCUGGUGACCAAACUCAAACGCUUCUACCAGUUUUCGCACAAGCUCGAAAGCAGUCUGAGGUGCCUGCUGAACGCGCUGACGGAUCCGGAAGCCCCGGCGACUCAGCAUCUGGAGAAGAAGCAGGCGCUGGCCCGCCAGUUGGCGCUCAUCCUUCACUUCACGCUGCGUUUCGACGAGCUUAAGAUGACAAUCCCGGCCAUCCAGAACGACUUCAGUUACUACCGACGCACAAUCAGCCGUAUGCGCAUCAACAACUUGUGUGGCGACACAGACGCCGAGGUGAACAACGAGCUGGCCAAUCGCAUGUCUCUGUUCUACGCCAGCGCCACGCCUAUGUUGAAGACACUCAGCGACGCCACCAGCAAGUUUGUCGCCGAUAAUCCCGACGUUCCCGUCGAGAACACCACCGACUGCCUGAGUACCAUGGCCAGCGUCUGCAAAGUCAUGCUGGAAACACCAGAGUACCGAAGCCGCUUCAGCAACGAGGAGACUUUGUCGCUUUGUCUUCGAGUGAUGGUGGGCGUCAUCAUCCUUUAUGACCAUGUGCACCCGGCGGGCGCCUUCGUCAAGACCUCCAAUAUCGACAUGAAAGGAUGCAUCAGGUUACUUCGAGAGCAGCCGGCGAGCAGCGUGGAAGGUCUCCUGGAUGCGCUCAGGUACACCACCAAGCACCUGAACGAUGAGGCCACACCAAAACACAUUAGGAACAUGCUAAGCAACAACUGA